UGUUUUGCUUAAUUGGGUUCGGCUUUGCAACUGAUUUGACAUCGUUAGUCAGUGCACCUCCUCGCGCCCCGCCGGCCGCUGGUUGCCUCGAGCGCAGCUGUGGAAGACUUUGAAGCGCCGAAAGAAGCGCGUGAGGACCAGGAGCCAGACUCGGGUCUUCUUCUUCGUUUACUUUCAGGAGUCACACACACGGCAAGCAGAACCACAGUCCAGCAGCUCCUGUUUAUCAGCAAGGUGAAGAGUAGGAGGAGGUGGAGGAGAGAGGAGAGGAUAGGAAGGGGAGACAGACAGCAGCAGUGUCUUGGCGCAUUGGAGCUUAUGGAUUAUUGAGAAGUGAAGGCCAAAACGUGGAUCAAAUAUUUAUGAGGACUUUUUAAAAAAGAAGGAAAAAGACAGAGCGGGGUAGCGCAGAGAUUCCCCGCAGUGAUUCACCUGCCCGUUCCAGCGCCGUGUGUGCGCUCUCACUUGACCAGAGAAGCUGCUGGGUAAAAAAAAAAAGAAAAAAAAAAAAAAGGACCGUGCAUCUAGCGCGUGCGUGCGUGUUUGCGAGUGUGCAGCGUGCUGGUGUGCGCGUUUGGAAAGGAGCCCCCCUGCUGCAGUAGCCUACUCGCUCGCCGCGCGGGUACAGGGAUGCCACCGACUUGCUGACGGACCCCCGGUAUCCGCACCCCUUCCCUCCUCCCGGACGGACGGACGCACCGACCCCUGCCAUCCCCACUAAUAUGCAAUGGUUUUUUGUGCAGAAGCCGACAGCUGCCGCGUACCGCCGACUUCACGCUAGCGCCGCCGCAUGCCUGUCCGUCGCUGCCGCUCCUCUCCCCGCGCCGCGCGGCAGACGACGCCAUUUGAAGAGGAGCGCUCGGGGCUUUCCACGCCGCGGCGGCCGGGCAGCAGCAGCGACCGCUCCUCGGCUGAGGACCGCCGGCAGCUGGGGCAGCCGGAGGCGGGGACCGAGGAGACAAGCGCCGCCGCGGUUGCUCUCUUCCUGCCGCACGGGGACGACGUCGACGCGGAAUACGUGCGUUUGGUGGUUUCCGAGCUCGUGGGGGAACCGGGCGAGAAAGCGGGCGAAGAGCCGGGCUUCCUGCUCUUAUUCUUGUCUAUGGUGCAGGUCGGGGCGGCCAAGCACCGCCGAACUGAGCCCAACAGCUGGCCGGCUCUGCUGGCAUGCAAACAGGGGGGCGUAUCAGCCCCCAUGCGGUGGGUGAAUUUUAGGUUGCCGCAUCCGGAGCGCCUCUCGUCCCCCACCUGCUCUUCCUCCACUCCUUCCUCCUCCUCCUCCUCUCCCCCCGUCUCGGCCAAAUCCAUGCGGUUUAUUUGGAACAACAUUUUCAGCAAAGGAUCGCAUAUGCUGCAGUGUCUUUGUGGCAGGAGCCUCAAGAAAAACAAGAACCCAACUGAACCACAGCUGAAGGGCAUAGUGACCAGGUUGUUCUGCAGGCAGGGCUUCUAUCUCCAGAUGGGCCAGGAUGGAAGUCUGGACGGGACCAAAGACGACAGCACCAACUCCUCUCUGUUUAACUUAAUUCCUGUGGGUCUGAGAGUCGUGGCCAUCCAAUCAGUUAAGACCGGUCUCUACAUCGCAAUGAACGGAGAGGGUCACCUUUACUCCUCGGAACUGUUCACGGCGGAGUGCAAGUUUAAGGAGUCGGUGUUCGAGAACUACUAUGUGAUCUACAGCUCGAUGCUCUACAGGCAGAAAGAGUCGGGUCGGGCCUGGUUUCUUGGCCUCAAUAAAGAGGGACAGGUCAUGAAGGGCAACAGGGUCAAAAAGACCAAACCAGCAGCACAUUUCCUGCCUAAACCCAUAGAAGUUGCGAUGUACCGAGAGCCUUCGUUACACGAUGUAGGAGAGGCAGUUCCUAAACUGGUCGGGGGCCCGCCAUCCAAAAGCACAACCACUGAACCGGUAAACCAGUCAACAAACCCGACAAGGAGGAGACAUAACCCCGCUCCUUGUUUUCACCUCGCCUGGCUGACGGGAGGCCAGGAGAAGCCACAAACUCGCCCCCACCCCCACUGCUGCGCUCUCCAAAAAAACAAAAACUGCAACAAAAAAGGUAACAAAACAAACAACAGUGGGACCACACGUCCAGCCUCACCAGGGGGGCCCGUAGAGACCACGCUGCAGUUGACGGCGGGGGGAAAAGGGGAGAAGGAAGAGAGUAAAGUCAGGCUGAUGUCUGACUCAUAUUUCUGAACUGGGACAGUAGCAUGUCCUCAUCAUAUGGCAGAAAGCAGGACUUAAAAUCUAAACAAAACAAACAGAAAUCUGAAAAAAAAUGUCGUUCUCACCGGUAUUUUUCUGUGACAAUCUGUAAGAAUGAGGCUUUCGUCCCCCCGCGCCCUCUUUUUCCUUUUCUGUUUUUUCCUUUGCCAGGUUCGCUCACUUGCUGGUGGCCACAGACACACAUGCACGCAGCGCAGCCUCCCCACAGAAAUCGACCGCGCGUUCGGGUUCGAUCUUUGAGUAAAUAAGGAACAGAUUAAAAGCAUCAGCAAACACUGGGCGAAGAGAACACCUUAAACCAAACACUGAUGAUUCAGAGGACGCUUAGUCAUCGAUCAAUUAAGAUUUGGCACAGGACAUUCUGUACUAAGCACACGGGGACAUGUGCUUGGAAAUUGCCGAAUGCACUAAAUACAAGGUAAACGCACCGGUUCACCUGCCCCUACUUUUGAUCACAUAAUAAAGAGAGACUUGUCAUUUAUGACCACAUAGCUUAAAGCAUGUUUGACUUCUCAGUAUUCCUUUACUAUCUGUUUGUCAGUUAUUAUUCUAAACACACAAAGCACUAGUGAUUUUUGAGCUACACUGUUGUACAGACGUAAAUCAAAUUUGAGUUUCUACCUCUGUGUCUUACACUCCCCACCCCUUUCUUUUGUUUUGGUUCCUUUACAAAUGCUAUGAUUUCCACAUCGCUGACAUAAGUGCAGCUCAGGAGAGGAGGAGGUCGGCUGAUAAAUGAAGAGUUUAGGCAUCGAGUUGCUCAAAUCAGCGUGUAGCUGAGUAUUGAAAGCAGAACGAUUUACACAAAUUCCUUGUUUGUAGCAGCACAGAGAGUAUUGGAGGCAUGCUGGUGUCUAAGCAGCAUGGUAGCAGUCAGUGUUUACAUAGAGUAGCAGAUAUUCUAGACUGGUCAGAUGGCGCUAUAAGCCUGGUAGAACUUUUAUUUUUAUUUUAUUUUUCAAUUGCCUUCCCAUGUACUUGAAAACAAAAGCAGGAAUUAGGGUAAUACUGAACAGGGUAACUGAUGUUAAAGCCACUGUGUGUAGAACUUGAACAUCUCUCGCUUGACUACCCCAGUGUGUCGAAACGAAAACCAGGUCUAGAUCGUGAAGUGUUGCCAAAAGCCAGUAAAAAAUAUGGAUGUAGCUUCUGGGUCUGAAAAACGAAGCAAACGCAGAAGUGCCUUAGAAACCUGUACUCUUUUUAAUGGCCAGCAGGGGGCGACUCGUCUGGUUGCAAAAAGACUUCUGGCUGUAUAGAAAUCUAUGGGAAAACAGGCCUUGGCUUUCUUGGUCUGUGACACCUGUAAACACUUUCCUGAUGGCUUUAUGUGCUUUCAAGUCACGCUGUAUAAAACAUCGAGUCCAUUUUGUCAAUUAUGGUGCUCAUUGGCUAACAGCUGGUGAUUGCCAAGUCACUAGCCAGUGAGCAAAUGAGCCAGUAAACAACAGCCAAGACACAGUGACGGUAAAAACGUUCAGCUCGAGGCUUUAAAGCAAGACUUUACUGAGAACUGGGGGACGUAACAGUGGCUAAGUCCGACUUUUAUACUGGCUUUGGUAUUGCCAAGGGUCUUUUGCAUUAGUCAAACAUUUAGAUUCCUCAGAGAAUUUAACAAAAACGCACCGUGAAGUUGGUUCAAUGAAAAAAAUUGCUAAACUCAAAUUAUAAACAAUGAUACAAGUGUGCUAUCAGCUAAGUAUACUGCAAGUCCAAGUGACAGACUUCUGCCAUCAAAGGGCGAAUAUGAGGCUCUGUGUUAUAAUUAACUCAUCCAUGGUUUUCACAGGUCUUUGUGUCUUUAUUAUCAGUUUUCAUUGUGAGUUUAAAAAAAUAAUCUGAACUGUAAACUGUAGGAUUAUAACAGUGAGUCGGUAAACAGUAAUUUAGAGUCAUUAAACACAUUUUAAAACCUCUCAACUCACACAAACAGAAAUUAGGCGCAACAAAUCAGCCACUUCAGUUUUAGUCAUAAUAGCAUUAGCGGGUCCUCUUCAGUGUGUCAGCUUUAGUUUCAUAACAGAUUCUGUCUGGUCCAAGUACAAGGACUUCAGGGUUGCAAAAGGUUCAGUCAUCAUAAAAUAAAAAUUCUUGUUAUCAAAAAAAAAAUGGCCCUGAAAUUCAUAUUAGUCACUAGUUACCUCUGCCUCAAUGUUCAAGUGCCAUUGUAGCUGAGUCUAGAAGUUUAGUGGUUUUUAAACAUCAAGAGCCACAAAAUAACUCUGUGCUGUGUGAUGAAUGGGCUGGGAAGGAAGAUGAUGUUUGUGAAAUGUCGGGUUAUUUGAUGUAGUCGGGCCGACAGUAAUUACACGAACGAAGCUAAAAUGAGGCACUUAUAAUUAAAAGUAAGAAAAAACCUCUCAAGUAAUUUAGCCUACGAUAUGUUUUAUAAGGCUUAUAGUGUAAUCUUUGUAAUGUAAACUCGUUAUCCGAGAGCUAACAGAUUCCAAAUAAAUGUGGUGGAAUAAGGAGAAGAAGAUGUUUCUCUGAAAUGUUUAAAGUGGGCGUGUUAAGGUUAUUUCCAGCUUUAUUUUUUUUAGCUUUGCAUGAAAUACUGUUCAAAAUAAUGCUUAUUUGCUGCCCUUUCGUUAAUCCAGUGUCUGAAGGCAGUUGUUUUAGCUCCUCCUUUAAGCCAACUUUCUUCUGAUUGGCUGCCCCUCGUUUACUGGUUCCAGAGCCGAGCGCCUGAGCUUUUGACUCCUGCGUACACUAACUUCUUUAUUUGAAGCUCUGACCAUGUUCGAUGUGAACACACUCCACUGUAACAGCAUAUGUAUAUAACAGAUUAUAAGGAAAAGCAUGAUCGCUUCCCUUUAAGUCCAUUAAAAUAUGCAGCAUGUGUUUACCUUCCACCUCUGGUUGCAGAUCUGUGUGUCAACGCUGGAUGUGUGAAGAUCCGAGCAAACUGCCUAUCAGCGCUGCAUAAUCAGGCAGGAGAAAUGUUUGUUUGCUGUUACAUUUACACACAGUGGCUUUAAAUCAGCCUGCGCAAUGGCCUUCAAAAAUCUGUGUAGUUUACUUAAAGUGUGAAAAAAAAGGUAGUUUCUUUAGAACACAAUAAAAAAAACCCAACAAACAGCACGCAUCGAUCCCGGCGUUGAAUAAAGCGGUUGUAAAAAUCGAAACACUCGAGAACAACAGUACAAGGUAGAAAAUCAAAGAGAUCAAACCAAAUAGAUUCCCCCCGCUUCGCCCUCUCACUGUGACUGUCAACAUGGCGCCAGUCUGUUCUGGGCCUGAAUCCUGUUCAGGCUGCCAGCCUUUCUGUUUACUCGUCUUUCUUGUGACGGCAACACUACAUGCCAAUUAACUCCUCGAGAAGUUACACUAAGUAGUUGGUCACAUUGCUGAGAUCCAACACUUCAAAUUAGCGUUCAGUGACAAUGAGGCAUGCAAAUGAAUAUCUUCUGCGAGGCUCAGGAUUGCAGUGCGUCUGCUUUUAAUCGAUGAAAACAGACACUGUGCAUCUCUCUCCCUCUCCCUGUUGCGUCGAGUCCCAGUUUUUGGGGGGGAACAAGCGCUCUGCACGUUAAUCACACGACUGAACCAUUGUUCAGCAGCCUGCCGACACAAACCAAGCCCAACACCUACAUCAAACGAGCGCUGGCCCCGAAUCUGCGGACCUCAGCAACAGGUACGUGUCGCCGUAGCGGGCGAAACGCAGAGCUGGUGUAAAAGUCGUCUCGCUGCGUUGUGCAGAAGAUCCCCUCUGUGACUGAAGAGACUGUGAAAAACACUAGACAGCUCACAGUGUUUCUAAUUUUCAGAUUUUUUUUUUCCUCACAUACGCCACGUUUUUUCUCUCCUUCCCUGAUCUCAUUAGCUGUUGCCUUCAUGUUCCAGUAUGUGUGGCUGACCAGCGUUACAUAAACUUAUCCAGUCUAUGUGGUGAUGCAGGUGUAAUUUCUCAGCCCUUAAAUGCUGUUUUGAAAGAAAAACAUUAGUUAGUCUUAUUGAGCCAAAUGAAAAAAGAGAGAGAUGUUUCUUUGUCAUGUCGUGUUUCAAACUGUAAUCUUGAUACUGAAAAUCUGCAAGUACAUGUGCAGGUUAUGAGGUAAAAAAAAAAAAUAUAUAUAUAUUGCUAGCUAAAUGAGUGCCUCUCAUUCAUCUCCAGCUAAGAGAGCUGUGAGCUUGCAGGGCGGCUGUAGAUUUGUGUUAAACCCUCAGCCUUCCUGGAAUUCGCCAAGGUUUACUGAAGAUUUCCCCAAAUUCUCAGAGUGGUUUGACUCCAGCUCUGCUCUGCCUGACAUUACUUUGGAUCUUGUUGAUAAGGAAGACGUCUUUGACUGGUGUUGUGCUCGUCUUACAUCGAAGAAACGUGGAUGUAUCGUUUGUUGACUACUCGUCGUGUCGCACUAGGGGUUAGUAAUAAAAAAAAGGUUAAAAAAAGAAUAAAAAUAAAAAUAAACCCUGACAAUCAGGUCUGUGAACUCCCUUUUUUUUAAUUUCUUAAUGUGUCCGGUGUUGCCUGUGUCAAAGCAGAACCUUUUUAAUGGCGCUAUAGAGGACGAUGUUUUUGUACUUAACAACCAUUAGGAGAUACAACUGGUAACAAGGCUCCAGGACAGCAGCUGCUUUUCAUUGAAUUAUUGUCAAGCGACUAAUUUGCGCUUCGCUGCUGGCAGAGGGGAAAAAGAUCGACUUAGAGAGGGAACCGAACCUUCCUCUAUUCAGAGAGCUUGUUAGGUUACCAGCAGGGGUCCCAUCCUGUGAAAGCAGCUAUUAAAGAUCUAUGGGACAUACUCAAGAAUUAAUGAUGGCUGAGGCCACCGAAAAAUGGCCCGGUUUCCUGGCUACUGACCAAAUAUAGAGCUUCAAUAGUGUUUCCAGGCUGGUAAUCACAGCUCCUGGUUCAAACAACGAAGGCACAAUUACUGUCAGCUUCUCCUGUGAGAGAUUCUUCUCCACCGGGUGGGUAGCCGGGUAGCAAGGCUACAGUCACGAAACGUCUAGCAGGCGUCUCGGCACAGGAAGAGAGUAUCUGAUUUAAUUAGAAGCGAGCAAUCGCGGCAGCCCGGGUCAUUUUUAAUUUCCACAUACCAGUACCGCUCGUGUUCUUGUGGCAGGUACACAUGUAGCCAUCUUACUUUGUCCUCUGUGAACUGUAGCUUCUGGAAAAAACAAAACAAGACGAGACAUAGCAGGGCAAAAAAGAAAAAAAGCUUUUGUGACUCGACCACUGCGGUGCAGGUGCACUUUAGAGACACAGGAACAUGUAAUGGCUAGCACUGUACUCCUGAUGUAGCCUGUCUCCCUCAGGUUUCUUUUUUUUUCUGUUCUACUUUAUUCCUCUUACAAAAGACUGCCUUAUUACAUCUGAAUCUGCAACGAGACAGUAAACGCGCUCUCCUCCCAGCUGUUUCUUUCUCUGAACACUCUCAUCCCACACACGCAGCAGAUAGUCACUCCUCAUCCUAUUUUACUUUUCAAUUAUCCUUUGAUCCCCAAUCUUCUGUUCACUGUAACUAUGCUAGCUUUCGCUCUCUGCUCGUCGUGUAAUCAUGCAGCCAGAGAACUUAUCCUUCCACAACAACCCCCCCAAUUCCUGGUCCUUCUCAACCCUCCCCAGUCUUUCUCGCUCUCUCUGUUUGGACAGUUUCCCCACCUGUUGCAUGGUUUUCAAAAGAGGAAAGACGAUGGGGGCUAAUGCAUGUGGUUAUGUAGGAAAUGUGCUCUCAAAACAAAACAAACAUUUACAGCGUAGCACCGGUGAAGCAUUGCCUCUGGCUCAUCUCUGCUGUUGGUUCGCACUGGUCAUUUAUUAAUUUAAGUAUUAUGGGAUCAGUUUCCAGGGGCAUCAGAGACGACUCACAAAGAAAUAUUGUUUUUUUUAAACACUAUCCAUCAUUGCAAUUUCGCUAAUAUUGUUACGCUAAUGCAAGUCUUAGUCUUAAUACUUUAAGCAGGCCAUCAAUAUUUAAUUCUGUUGCCUGAGAGUAAGAAACGUUACAGUUGUGACAUGAAAAUAAGAUUGUUGAAUGAGAGCCUUUGCUUUUAAUAGCGAUGGCAGAUUAGAGAUUAGGAAGUUGUUUUAGUUAAACUGUUCCCCCUAUUCCUAAAACACAGUAAUCUUCUGUGACUCGAAAAUAGCAAAGCCAGAAUUGACUCAGAUUUUCUUCCUCACUCAGUGUCUGGAUUGUGGUGUGUGAGUACACUCAGAAGCCAGGCUCUAAAAAACACUUUUCUUAGUCAGAAUAUAUCAUCUUUAUGUUACCUGGCACCCAGCUGGUGCUGCUUUUUCUUAAGUCACAAAGACAACAGCUUUUCAUGCAGUUACAUUCUUUUCGUGCAGUUAGUUCUUUUCUUUUUACUUUUCUUUUUUUUUAAUCAAAUAAAACAUAUUUUAUGAGCCGAUUAGUGACUAAACUACCCAGGCUUUUCCCACUGAUAGCCUUGAAACAGCAAGAGCGUGUAUAUACAUUUAUGUUUGCUUUCAAAAGGAGAUUUUUACUAAGUUGAACAGAUGUAACUCACAUAAAAGCAAAGU